ACCGAGCCGCUCGCAGCCGCUUUUCCGCGCCCCGAGAUGCCGUUCUUCAGCGUGCCCAAGGAGGUGGCCGUCGGCACGGCCAUGCUCGGGGUCGCCUUCGCGACGGGGCUGCUGGCAGGUAAAAGAUAUCCAUCCCUAUUGUUUGGGACAUCCAAACCACACAGGAGUAUUAUUGGGAAAAGCAGCCCUCUGUGGCAAUAUAUACUGGAUCAUUCCUUGAGGGAGCAUCCGAUUCUCAAGAAGCUGCGCCUGCUCACUGCAGAAUAUCCCUGGGGCAGAAUGAUGGUGUCCUGUGACCAGGCUCAGCUGAUGGCAAAUUUAAUCAAGCUCAUUAAAGCCAAGAAAGUUAUUGAAGUAGGAGUUCUCACAGGAUAUAAUGCCUUGAGUAUGGCACUUGCCCUACCAGAUAAUGGCAGAGUUAUUGCUUGUGACAUAAAUGAAGAUUAUGCCAAAAUUGGAAAGCCACUGUGGAAAGAAGCAGGAGUAGAUCAUAAAAUUGACCUACGGAUUAAGCCAGCUACUCAAACACUUGAUGAGCUGUUGGCUGGUGGAGAAGCAGAAACCUUUGACUUUGCUUUCAUUGACGCGGAUAAAGAAACCUACAAUGAGUACUAUGAAAAAUGUUUGCGCCUCAUAAGGAAAGGGGGAAUAAUAGCUAUUGAUAAUGUUCUUCGGUGUGGAAUGGUGCUAAAACCAAGAAAGGAUGACUUGGCUACACAGAGCAUCCACCAGCUCAAUGAGAAGCUUGUUAGAGAUGCACGAGUCAAUAUCAGCAUGAUCCCAAUGGGGGAUGGAGUGACAUUAGUGUUCAAGUUGUAAAUGGAGGUGUCCCAGCACAUGGGAAACAGCAAGCAUCAGAUCACCAGCAGAAAUGUAGCCAGAAUGCUGUCAAAAAUGAUUAUUUAACCCACACCUCCACAGCACAGCGCGGCUUGGGAAAGUAGACUUCAGAAUCAUCAAGACUCUAAGGGCAGCUAAGUUGAGGAGAAUGAUUUGCUUGGCAAUAUAGUGUGGCUACUUAUUUUAAUUAUUUUAAUUAUAAUAAAGGAAGCAUAUUAGAAAAUUACCUUUUUAAAACAGUGAUUGAAAAAAAAUAAAUGAAUUUGUGUAGAAUGACUGACUUCCAACUACGUCAGUACAACAAAGAGAUUUUCUGUCCUGAAAGAGGGUACUGAGUCUGAGACAAAAGGAGGGUAAGGACACAGGGAAUUAAAACAUGGAAAUAUUAAGUAAUUGAGGCAAGACCAUGGAGAAAACCAAAAUCACCCUCUGAAACAAAUCUUAACCACUAGAAUAUUCUUCCCUUAUGUUUUCACUGAUUAGAAGGGACAUUAAUUGCACCUUCUACUGAUGAGGGGUAAGUCCUGAAUUCGGACAGGAAGAAGGGGUUUAAGUAGCAGCUAGAUAAAGCACCAGUUAAGCUGAGAGAAAAUAAAAACUGCUGAUACAACUCAGCACAAAUUUGCAUUAACUAAGAGCAAAAAGGUCACACUUUUUAAUAACUAAGAAGGACAAAGCAAAAAGUCUUGUAUGUUACUAGGAGAUCAGAGAAAAAAAAAAAUCCAUUUUCUGGUUGCCUUAUUGCUGUUCAUUUUGUUGGGUUAUUUCUGUGAAAGUCAUAACAAGAUGGAUGAAGAAGUGGUUAAGAUACGUUUUAGUGACACAGUUUUGAGGACUGGAGAGGAGGGCAAACACUAGAGUGUGAACUUGGAACUCACAUACCAUUAGUCUCUAAAAGCAGUGUCAAACUGAUUAUUUUUGAGCUAUUUAGUACUUCUCUACAUACUAAGAAUCCAUGCAGGUAAGAGUGUUCAUCAUACUGUUUCCGUGGGUUCCCAUCUGUUGGGAACAUCUGUCUCAAACUAAAAGAGUGAAUCUGUCAGUUUCACUGGGACUUCACACAUCCUGCAUGUUUCUAAGAACUGGGCCAAUAAAAUCCCCCUUUUUUUUCCCCAGUUACCGUCACUGGCUUAAACACCUUGAUUUUUUAACGACAGUGGAAAUAAACAGAAGGUCAAGGGGUCAUUGUCCAUGAAAGCUCUAGAGGACACUAUUUAAUUGAAAAAGUCCAAAUGAGAAUUUAUGUUGGUGACUCAUUUUUGUGUGAUAAGACUAAGUAAAAAUUACACACCUUCUGGAGAAGACUACAUUCUCUUGUUAUUAAGAUAAUUGCUAGGUGCUACGAAGCACCAACAACCAUGGAUUCCUUCAAGAUAAAUGGGUAACUGAACUCUUUAUUUUUAUUUUUAUUUUUUUUUAAGGCAGAAAAAAUGGCACAUGUAGCUGACAUUCACAGCACUUGGAGACUGAGUUUUCUGCACCACCGGACAGCAGGCAAUGGUAGUUGAACUCAGGAACCUUGCUCUUAAUAGCAGAAUAACGAGUCCUGUUGUCAAAAGGAAAAGAAGCAGAGUUUAAUGUUAAAAGUUAUAACAGGGAAAGAAAAAAAUUGUGCUAGGAUUCUUGAACCAGAAAUUAAAAAUUGCUGGUAAUUAUUGAAGGAUACUGUGUUCCUACUGCUGCAGUGGGAAAGUUGUGAGGAAAGGAAGUGGUGCCUGCUGUGUCAGAGCAAGGAGAUCUCUGUUCUAUUUCCAUCUCUUCCAGUUAAAACCCUGAUUCAGCACAGCACGUCAGGAUGUACUUAAGUACUUUACUGAAAUGAGGGCUAGCUGCUGUGAUGUAAAAUCCAUGGGAGAAGGCCAGGACAAGGUGUGUACGGCCCUUGCAUGAGGUUUUAAAUAGGGCAUAAAGCUUGCACAAUUUAUUUCUCAGGGUAUAGUUUUACCCUUAGAGCUGCCAACCUCUUUGUGCCUCAGUGUUCUUAUCUAUAUGAAAGAAAUAACACCUUAGUGAAGUCUUAAUGAUGUAAUGGCUUUCAGAUGGAGAGGCUAAAGAAAUAUACAAGGUCAUCAUGUUUUCAUGCAAAGCUUCUGGCUGUGUUCCACAUUACAAUCUUACUUAAGUGGAUAACAAAAAAGGUAAGGGUUACAAACAAUACUUAUACACUUGAACUGGCUACAUACUCUUCAUGUUUUGGUCCCAAAGGGCUGUGUACCAUCCUGACUGGGUUUCCAAACCAAGCUAACAGCUGCCAAACAUUGCUCUGCAAUGGCACAAAGUCCACUUUCUUUGAAGUUCUGUAAGACUGAAGGCUCUGCCCUAGCAAAUAGGAUGGAAACAAACCAACCCACUCAUACCUUACCCUCAGCAGCGUCCAAGACUAUAUUUAAUUCCUGCUAGAGAUCAUAGCAUUGUUUGUAACAUCUCCAUCAGGAGACUGAAACCAAACUGGCUGUACCCAUCUGGUGAGCUCACCACAUAAGGCAGGCAGUGGGAAAGAAAAGUGGUACCUGGUUUUACAGGGAAAGCAUAGAUAAUAGAUGAGAGAUUAAAUAGAUAAAGGUCCCUGAAGGACUUGGAUCAUCUGAGCUCUUUCAAAAGCAGGUUUUAAUAGAUUAUCUCUGCUGAAAGGCAGAAGGAUUCUGUUCUUCAGAACACCAACAUUAAGUGUUUCAGGGAUGCGCAGGCAAGUUUCACUGACAAUCUACUGACAAUCUGAAAAGGCAGAUACACCUAAUAAUGUAUUUGUCAUAUAAGAACAUUGAACAGACAAUUCUAUUUUACUCAGUAUGAAGGCAAACUGAAAUGAACUAGAGCUUACAAAGUUCAGUAAGUGAAGCAGCUCAUCACUGUUUCAUCACUUUUGGAUGCUGCUUCGUGGAAGUCAGACUACACCACACAUACAACUACACAAUAAAAGUGAGCACAAAGCAUUUAAAGAUACCGAUUUCUUGUAUAGGAGAACAGGUUUUGUUACUGAUAGAUUAUUCUAAGCAGGAGGAUGAGACAGAAAGUGAAGUAUGAUUUCAAAUCUUAUGGAAUUAUUCUUUGCAUCUACAGUAGUGUGGAUCUGCUGCAAAGGUAGCUACAAGCUGCUAAGAAUACAUGCCCUGAUCUAAAAGUUAUGGCCUUUCCUAAACUUGCAACAGUCAGUGGAUGACUAUCACAGACUGUAGUUAAUAGCAAAAUCCAGGUUAUCUUCUCAGUGAAGCAGAUCUAAAGAGUCAGAAAGUUUCUGAGAAGAAAUGGUCAAAUAACACUUCAGCAAGACUCAAAAACAGUUUUUGACUUAAUGAACUCCUCCUGCUCCUUGAAUGGUGGGAACUGGCAAAGUCCCCAUCACCUCGGCUAGCAUAAGACUGAUUUUGUUCAGAUGGCACUGUUAAAUGCCAGUCUGAAUCUGCAUGCAGCGGGGCUACCACAUCGCCUCUGCUAUGGACUCAGCUCCAUUUCAAAUAUGCAGAGUGUACUGCAAGCAUUUAAUCAGACCUGUCUCUAUCCUGAUCAUGUAAUUACCAUUAGAAAGAAUAGCAAUGUGUCCCUAAACUAUAGAUUGAUGAGCCAUCUGUAAGCUGAAACAAAGAGCAGAAGGAAGCUUAAUUGAAUCAAAUAUUUAGAAUACAUUACACUUUAUCUUGUAGUUACUCAGAAGCUGGCCUUCUCUUCAAGCUCCUGCCCUGCGUGUCUGGAAUUCAUCACUACUAACUGCAUUUAAUCCUUCAACCUUACUGUAAAGUGACUGCUGAUAAUGUAUAAUUAUGGUUUAAUUCAAGUGGUGAACCAGCUUUGGGGAAUCUGUGGGGACCACGGGAAUUUAGGCUUUCAUUAGGUGGUGAGAACAGACCACACGACAACACAGCAUGAGUCUUUGUCUCUCUCUAAUGGCGAGAUCAUGUAUGGAAGCUUACAGGUCUGAACCUGAUUCCCAGCAUCACACCUGUUGCUCACACAGUGUAGGCUCACCGUUUUCCAAACUAAAGACUUGCAAAGCGGAAUUAGAAUCUUUUAGUAACUGCAACUCCAAUAAGCAGCCAACAUUCACUCAGCAUAAAGCAGCGCAUGGCAACACUGCUGACCUCUUCCACUAUAUCCAGAGGGAAGACAGCAGGAUCCUGGAGUUACCUGCAGCUUGGGAAGCACUCAGGACUGAGCUGUUGAAGUGCUUUUAGUCUGUUCAAGUUUAACUACAUUACACAUGGUCAGCAAUUCCUGUGAACUGCUUCUUGAAGACAAUUGGUGUGCUUCUUGUGAUAAAGCCCUUAAGAUAUACAGAAAGGAACAUGACUAAGCUUCAUCCAAGUCCUCUCCUUUGACACACGAGCAGCUCCCCAGCCGCUCAGGAGCAAGGACCUGGCACGUACCACAUCUCAGGCCCUGCAGCCUUGCUGAUGCUCAGCACAGCAGCAGUUGAACCUUGCAGCUGCAGCAUGGCCGUGCUGAACAGCUCCAGAUGUUCUUCCUCAUGAGGGAUGUGCCAUCUCAUUUAAGGAGCCUCUGAGCUCCCCGCAUAUGGAUUCUGGACUGAUUACCAGGUGUUUUCCAUCAGUUUUUAUUUUACUACUCCUUUCAUUUCCACUUCAGCAGCACCACUUUCUUAUGCUUCCCAGAAUCAACAUGUGAAAAGCCAUAAGUGCAACCAGAGCGGCCUUCCAAGCAGGGAUUUCUGACCGGAUACCAAGCAAGAAGUACUGGGCAGGGAGCAACCAAGCUCACUGCUGCAGGUUCUGCCCCAUGUUUGCUCCAGGUUCAAGGGCUUGCCUCAGAAUAAAGCAUUACCCCUGCCUAAAUCUAAUCACGCACAAAUUGGUCUCAUGCAUUUGCAACUACUCAUGGCUUAAGUCACCUGGUUUAUAAUAAUAAUUUUAAAGGCAAUGUUUUGGAAAAGGAAAUGAACAAACAUAAAACCUUUAAAAGAGGGAAAUUAAUGUGGGAUUUCAGACAAGUUAUUUGUCAUCCUUUCUGCCUCUGUGCAACACUGUAGGGAUAAGCACAUAACUAGCUGCUUUAAUAUUUAU